AUGUUUACAAUUGGGCAUGUGUAUCGAUUGGAUGAGCUCAGGUCGGCCUUUACAGAUCACGGCCGUGGGUAUGGCGGUCGUACGCCCUUAAUGCACGCAGCUAUUAAAGGAGAUGUGAGAGAGGCCCGUAAUAGACGAGGGUAUGUUCAGCAGUUCGACAUGAUGGGCUGCACUGCGCUGAUGUAUGCCGCUGCGGGCAACUGGCCGGAUGUGAUAAAGGUGCUGAUCAUCGACGAAAGGCAGAUGAAGAUGAGAUGCCCCGUUAUUAUCUCUGGCUACGUCUUAGCUAAUGUAACAGCUUUAAUGAUAGCUGCGGCAAACAACGCGACAGCUGCUGUAGAGCUUCUAGCAGAGUAUGAAAGUAGAUUGAGGGAGACACGGUGCUUUCUUACUGCCCUAAUGAUAGCUGCAAUCGUGGGGGCUGUGAACUGUGUCACACUAUUAGUUGACAAAGAGGGUGGACUGCAAGAUAGAAAUGGGAAGACCGCCUUAAUGUACGCAGUGGAGCACUCGAACUACUCGUGUAUCGAUUGCCUUUGGGAUAAGGAGAGAGGAAUGGUAGAUGCAGAUGGUCAAUCGGCUCUUCAUAUAGCAGCGAGAGUCGGACAUGUUCCGUCUUUCCAUGCGGUAGCACAAUACGAAGCAUCAAUCCACGGAGAAGAUGUGAGAGCAAUGCUGCUCAACAAUAAAUUGGGCAUAGAUGAUGACAAGAAGACGGAGCUCUUGGUGCACCUUGCCACCUUUUGCUGA